GUACACGCAGCUUUGCACAACUACCUGUUGAAAUACAACAACUCCCUUCAUCAUCAAAUGUUGUUUUAUCGAUAGAGGAACAAAUCAAAGAAAAUAGGAGAACAAUACAUGAGAUUCUUUGCAUGAAUCCUUAUGAGCACAAGCAUCUAAGAUUCACAUGUCAAGCUUCGAUUGUUGACUUUGAUUUUCCCAAUGGCUGGUGGUAUCCAAGCUGUCCAAAAUGCAACAAAAAACUUAGUGGGGGCGAAAACAAUUACACAUGCAUGGAUCAUGAUGCUAUCACCUCUCUUCCAAUUCCAUGGUUUCGCUUAGAAUGCAUUGUUACCGAUGGAGAAGAUGUCACUAAUUUUCUUCUAUUUGGGAAAACUGCUGAGAACUUUUUUGGAUCAUCGGCCCACCAUUAUGUCUAUAAUAAAAAAUUUAUUGAUCCCUCAGUUCUUCCUCCUGCCAUGGCAGCAAAGUUAAACAAAAGCAUGAUUUUUCAGCUUCGAUUUGGUGCUUUCAGAUCCAUCACCAACAGAUGUGAGGUUAUCAUUACUAAUAUCUUUGACGACAGCACAAAUAAGAGCAUCCAUCCUCUAGAAACAGCAACUCCAGAAGCUAAAUCAUCUCCUACAUCCAAGACAUCUACUCCAUUAAGCUAUAUGAAACAGGUUCUCAAAGCUCCAUCAACUCCACAAAAUACUGUCACACAACUCAGGAUUGCUCCUGAUUCCUUGGAGACACCACCUCAGAACAUAUCACCAAACAAUGAAACAAGCAUAAACAGUGAAGCACGAUGUGUACUUGAUUUUGAAGAUGCAACACAGCAGCUCAGUCAUGAAGAUGAGCAUGACAAACCAAUUGAAGUCCAAGGAAACCUGGGAAACAUAGCUACAUCUGAGACAUUUGAUCACUCACUUCCACCUUUGAAAAAACAACGGGCAACAUCCUCAUCUUCAUCGAAGAAAAACUAGCAAUUCCUCUACAAAUGACUUGGAUUUAGAUUCCUGUAGCAAGAACAUGGAGAGGAAUCUGGCAGCUUAUUUCCACUUUUGGUGUUGUUUAUAACUUAAUCUAUAUUAUCAUGAUUGCUGCCUCUGUAAUUUUGAUAUAGUUUGGAAACAACAAUGUCCUUUAAGUGUUC